GUCAACUCUUGCUAUCGGCUCACACAGCCUUACUUGUCAGUUCGGCAGGCGUAGUGGGUUCGGUCCACUCACAGAAUCCCCUUGGAUUAUUCAUGUUACGUGAACAUACACCGUGUCAAUGACGAAUCGCAACAUGGAGAACGGUUGAAUUGCAACGGAUAGUAUUCCUGAAGUGUAUUAUGGGUAGAUGAGGAAAUCCUACUGGUAACCCUUUUGGAAUAACCAAAUUCGUCGGUGCCAUCGCAGACCAUUCUUAGAGAAAUCCAAGAAAUAGGGGUAUUGGCUACCUCGCGUGAGUUGGAAGGAGAGGUCAACACAAUGAAUGGAUACGGUCACAUUGUACGGGUGUCAGUUCUCGGGUUGAUAUUCCUGGAGGUGGCUUUUGGUCAACACUACACAGAUAAAUGGGCUGUACAUGUCUUAGGAGGCGAGAGGAAGGCCAAGUCCGUUGCCGAUAAAUAUGGAUUUAUCUACCGCGGUCAGAUUAUGCCAGAUUAUUACCAUUUUCAACAUAGAAAAGUUGCCAAAAGGUCCACAUAUCCAAGCUCAUAUUAUCACAGAAAUUUAGCAUCAGAUCCAAAUGUAAGAUGGAUUGAACAGCAGAAGGCCAAGCUGCGUGUCAAGAGACAGUCGUUUAAUGAUCCCAAAUGGGGCAUCAUGUGGUAUCUGAACAGAGGUGCUGGUUUGGAUAUGAAUGUCCGAAAAGCAUGGAACUUUGGGUACACAGGGAAAGGUGUAACUGUUACAAUAUUGGAUGAUGGAAUAGAAAAGGAUCACCCUGAUCUGAAAGACAAUUAUGAUGAACGAGCCAGUUAUGAUGUCAAUGGCCAUGACCCUGACCCCCAACCUCGAUAUGACUACUCCAAUGAAAACAGACAUGGCACGAGAUGUGCUGGAGAGGUGGCAGCACAAGCCGACAACAAUGUGUGCAGUGUUGGAGUAGCUUUUGAGGCCAACAUCGGAGGUGUCCGUAUGCUUGAUGGGGAUGUAACUGACUCUGUGGAAGCCCAGUCUCUCAGUCUGAACCCCCAGUACAUACACAUCUAUAGUGCCAGUUGGGGGCCAGAUGAUGAUGGACGCACUGUGGAUGGCCCAGCAACACUGGCACGCAAAGCCUUCUAUGAUGGCAUCACUAAAGGUCGAGGGGGUCUUGGUUCAAUCUUCGUCUGGGCAUCAGGUAAUGGUGGCCGUGAUGGUGACAACUGCAACUGUGAUGGCUACACCAACAGCAUCUACACCCUGUCUAUCAGCAGUGCCACAGAGAAUGGAAAGAUCCCCUGGUACUCCGAGGCCUGCUCAUCAACACUUGCAACAACAUACAGCAGUGGCUCUGGUGGAGAAAAACAAAUUGUAACAACUGAUUUACGCAAUGGAUGCACUGAAAACCACACGGGGACGUCAGCCAGUGCUCCCCUAGCUGCAGGAAUCAUUGCCCUAGCAUUACAGGCCAACCCUCAUUUAACAUGGCGGGAUAUGCAGCACCUUGUGGUGGAGACAGCCAAGCCUGACCACCUUAUAUCUCAUGACUGGGUUGUAAAUGGCAUUGGUAAAAGAGUGAGCCACUCUUUUGGGUUUGGACUGAUGGAUGCAGCCGCCAUGGUACAGCGUGCCCGCAACUGGACUACCGUCCCCGCUCAGCAGAUCUGCGAGAUCAGAUCAACAGUAACAAACAGACAAGUUCCAAUGAAUGGCAGAAUUAUGGUACCACUGAUGACAGACGGCUGUAUGGGCAAUGUCAAUCACGUGAAAUUCUUGGAGCAUGUGCAAGCUCGCAUCACCAUGUCCUCUAACCGACGAGGAGAGCUUCAGAUCUUCUUGACCUCCCCACAAGGGACAAGAUCAACCCUCCUUGCCAAGAGAACUAGGGACAGCUCUCGAGAAGGAUUCAAUAACUGGGCUUUUAUGACAACUCACAACUGGGGCGAAUAUGCAAAUGGAACAUGGACACUUGAAAUAGAAAAUGGUGCAAGUUCGUUUCGAGCUGUUAGAUUGAGGGACUGGGUACUAGUAUUAUACGGGACUGAUAGUCAUCCAUGGAAAAAGCAGCAUCCGCCUCCUCGUCCCCCCAAAGCCAUCACAUCCACUCAGGCGUCGUUCACUAACCACUUUUCGUACAUGCGUACCCAGUCUCCUAAUAGCCGUAUGUCCCAUCGACCCUCAACUCCAAAACCGAGAAUCACCACUACUCCGGAAUUAAAAGAAUGGACCAUGGUUGUCAUGGGAACAGGAGCUCAUCCUCUGAAACAGAAUGUGACACCUUAUCCGAAAAACAAGCCACCUUUUACCUGUGCAGGAGUUACCUCCCAUGGCAUCUGUAUAGAAUGCAAGCCAGGCUACUUCAAGAUGUCCGACACCUGUGUAGCUCACUGUCCCCAGCAUUACUUCGGCAGUCUUGAGGCUGUGCACCUGGCCCCAAUUCUGCCCAAUUCCACCAAACCCUUACUGCGUACACAGGGGCUGUGCAAGCCCUGUCACGAAUCGUGUCUCACCUGCAAGGGAGCUCUACCGGAUGACUGUUACCAGUGUAAUAAUGGUUUCGAGAGGAAAAACGAUUUAUGUGAAAAGAAAAUGAUAUGGGACUUCUUGGACCCUGAUGUCAUGAAACAUUUAGCCUGGGCAAUAAUGCUAUGUAUAGGAGGUAUUUUAUUGUUUUCUGUCGUCUUUGGAAUCCUGCAGGCGCGUGACCAAAGCAAAUUGUGCUGGCGGGUAAAACGAUAUUACGUCCCUGACUUUUCCAAAGGGAGAUACAAUGGUGUGUCUUCAGACUUCACUGGCGAGGAUGCAGAAGCAGGGGCAUAUUAUUCUCGAACUGCUCGUGUUAUUCAGCUGCCAAAAGCUUGAUAAUAUUUGUAUAUCUAACUAAUAACCAAAAGUUUUGUGUGAAUGCCAGCAAUCAUAUUCAUAUUUGGAGAUACUUUUCAAGCUGCUCAGCCUCAACAUCUGUGCUGUGCCAUGUCUAUAUUGAUAUAUAUGGCUGGGAUGUAUUUUGGGACAUCCAUACUUAUGCAGUGAUCCCUCAUGUCUGUGUUUGAUUGUAUUACCAUUUAUGAUGAUAUAGUGUAGAGGGCAAUACAGGGGUGUGUGGCUACUAACCUUGUUGGCCCAGGAACAUCAAAUACUGGAUGAUUAAAGAUUUUGUGUUUACUAUUAUUCCAUUUUGUUAAUGUAGGAAUCAAUGACAUCAUGUGAUAGUGCUGGAAAUUAAUUGUUAGAUUGACGAGGUGCUACAGUAUGUGAAGAAAAACAAACUUAUGUCUUCAUUUUCUUUCAUCCUUUAUAAAUAUGAGUAUUUAUUCAGGAAAAUGGAAAAAAUAUCAUGAUUAUGCCCUUUUCUGUUACUCAAGACUACACAGAAUAUUAUUUCUUAUAUUUGUUAUUCUUAUUUUCUUUCCAUAGUGGAAUGUGAAAAUUUGAUUUGUUUAUUAUAUAAACAGCUAUUUUAUACCAUAACAACUUUUCAUACAUACAUGCACACAUACUGCACUCAUGUUUACUAUGUUUAUCUAUCAUUAAACACAGACAUGAUUGUAUCAGAACCACCUCACAAAUUCCUUGUCAAACAGAAAGAUCUUCAUGCAACUGUUAUUUCAUCGUGAAAUGAUUUGAAAUAUGUUACAUUUCUCAAGGGAGUGAUAGCAUUGCAGGGAUCUGAAAUGGAACAGAAAAUUCACCUUUGUGAUACUGAGGUUAUGGCACAGUCUCUGGCAUGCUAUAUUUAGAUCAGAUCACCAUGGUUAUUAAAUCAUAGUGAUUAGACGUAGCAAUCUAAGUGGAAUCGCCUUCGUAACCAGUAAAUGUGUUAGUUAAGAGAUCUGCUUUAACAUAUUAACCUAGACAAUCACCAGUUAUAGUCUAUGUCCCAGAGCACUGAGACAAGUGGCCUUUGUAUCACAAAGUUGCUUCCAUUAUGAAAUUGAAGCUGCAUUGUAGAACUAAGAAACCAUUUGGAAAAGGACUAAUACAGAACUAUGCAUGAAAUUAUAAAAUUUGAAGCUCUUCCAUAUUGGAUCAACAUUUCAUGUUUUAGCUUCAAGACAUGACAUCAACUCUUCUUAUUCCUCCCAUUGUUUAUACCUCAACCAGAUUUUAAUAAUCUUUAAUAAUUGUUCAAUGAAAUCAAUUUUGAUCAACUUCAAUGGAAUUGAUAUUAUCUUCUUAUAAUAGUUUAAUGAGUAUUUAAUCUAUGAACCAUCUAGAAGAAAGGUUAUGGCUGAUAUGAGAAUUGAGUUCAUAUUGUGUAUAACUACCUGCAUCUAUCCAGUAUUCACAAGCCAAAUAUUCCUUGGUCAGUCAAGAUGAGAACAGAUCUCUCUUUAUACAUUUUACAUGUAUUAUGCAUGAUUUUAGGUUAGAAAAUGUUUUUUUAUUUAAAAUAUCCACUGUUAUUAACUGAAAUAUGACAAAUUGGUUCUAUGUUGUAGUAAUUGUUCCCCCACCCUGUGGCUUGACAUUAACAUUUAUACGUCCGAUACCAGUCUGCGACUUUAGCCACUUGUCCAAACCCCCAGUGUGGUAAAAUUCUGUUUGGUCUAAUAAGCUCAGUAGAGAAGAGUCCAUAUAAUAACUCUAAACUUGAAAUGUUAAGAGCCAUGUUUGGUCUGAUAGACAGAGUUUUGGAGAGUAGGGACUGCAUUACCACUGUUGUCAAUAUAAGACUCUAUCUUUAAUGACAAUUAUGACAUCAGUUCACUAAACCAUUAACACAAGGCUGUGUAGAGAUGAAUAAGGAACACAAAUGAUGCCUGAAUUCAUGACUUUCAUUGCAACUUAUUAUGGAAUGGAAACUAACUGAAUCCUUUGACGUAUUAUUUUAAGAAUGUAUAUAAGCGUGAAGAUGCAAUUUCUUCCAUCUUAAGUGCCAAAUGUUGUCAAAAUCAUGUACAAUGUAUAUUUAGAUGAUCCUAGUUCUCGGAAGCAUACUGUCAUCGCCAUUCAGGUGUCGCCAAGAGGUGUCAAUACACUUGCAUUGAAUCUUCCUCCUCAUGUGUGGACUUCAUUCAAUGGGCCUUACUUUGUAUAUCAUGUCAUUGUUUAUAUACCCAUCAUGUAUGUAGUGUGUUGCUGACUGUAUCCUAGCCUGUAUUGUAAUGGAUCCAAAUCACCAUCUUUUUUCUACUUUUUUAGUUGAUGUUUAUUUUGGAACUUACAAAAGUGUUAGCUGUUCUGAUUUCUAUAUUGAUUGUACUGUCUUGCCUCAUGUCAUUCACUGUUGUAGAUAACAUCACAUGUGUUUCUAGUUCUCCAUGUGCACUUUUUAUGUCACAGUGUUAAUUUAUUAUGACUUGUGUUGUGGUUGGUUCUCAGUUUUAAGGUUAUAUCUGUCACUUGAUUCAUAGGAAGAAUUGUCCUAUUUUUAGGGACCAUGUAAAGAAAAACAAAAUUUCAGAAAUGAAAAGUAAGUUGUGACAGUUUGGUUAUGGUAUAGAGUAUAUUCGCGUGGAGAUACUGUCAUUUUCAUGUUGAGAAAAGCCAUUAAGCUACUCAAGGUAGAUAAUUUCAUAAGUGAUAGUGACUUUUGACAUAGUUUCUUCUGUUAUUAUGUAUUCCAUCAAAACAAAAGUUUUGAAAAAAAUGUCUUCAAACUGAAAAUACCAAUCAUGUGCCAUGACGGAAAAUAUUUUUUUCUAGUGAGAUUAAUAUGUAUAACAGACUCUUACAAAAGCCUAUAAGUUGAAAUAUAUAAUUUCCCCAAAUUACAUAUUCUCCAUUCAGAAAUUUUGUGAUGGUUUAGGAAACAUAAAACUAAACAUACAUACCAAGCAUAUUUCUUAAUAACAUAAUCCUACCAUACCGGUACAUGUAGUAGGUAUUAUGUUUGACAUGAAUAAUACUCUAAGUUAGUGUAGAAAUAAUAGCCUCAUACCUCAGAAGAACUGCUGAUGUUGACUAGAAUGGCCACAACAACUUAGUUUUGUGCAUGUACAUUCUUCUACAAGAACAUUCUUACGUAUAGAGGAGGGCUGGAUAAAAACUUGUUUAAUUAGGCAUUAAGAAAAAGGUUAAUUAAUUUGUUGUGGCCUUGAUUAGUUCAGAUUUGUGUUAUAUGUCACCAGUAUUGUUGUUAUACUUCAUAGUCAUUUGUUAUACCUCAUAUUUUAAUCUGUUUGCUAGUUGUAGGAAUAAUAUAUCUUCUUACAUAUAUUUCAUUUAUCCUCCUUGUUACGAUUUGGUGUGUACUAUUCAGAUACAUCUUUCUCAGUGUAACCAGUUUGUAAAAGCUAUUAUGACUGGGGAUGUCACACUAGGAAUAUGGAUACUAAAUAAGUUUAGAUGUUGAUCAAAGUGAUUAUUAUCACAGCAUUCAGUAAACUCUAUCUUUUAUUGACAUAAACUUAAAAAAGUACUUUGGCUUUAUGUGACUAAACCUGCCAGAAACGGUCACUGUAAUUUGACAUGCUAGAUACAAAUUGCUUGAAGUGGCUAGUGCAAAACAGUAUUAAGAUUAUUGCUGCAACAACUGUUGAGAGUCAAGAUAGUGAUCCUUACAAAUGUUGUGUUGGCCACUUUAUCUAUGUGUAUUUAUUGUUUGUAUAGUAACAGAUUUAUGAUGGAUACUUACAAUCAAAUUCUCUGGAUUUAAAUUUUAAUACUAAGGCAUCUCUGGUCUGUAGUAUUUGACAUAUUUUUAAUUAUUGGUUUCAAAGCAUUUGUGAAAAGGAAGCAUUGUAUUUAUAUUGUGAUGGCAGCUACAAUUGUUUGCAACAAUAUAUCAGUCUUUUUUGCCAAACUGGUUUAACUGAUCAUUGACAUGAUGAAAUUUGAACUUUCCACUAAAUCCAAUCUGAAGUUCCUUAAAACAACUAUGAGAUAUCAUAACCUUUUCAGUUGAUCAAUGUAGUUAUUCGAAAAUAUGUGAUAAGAAACUCAUGUGCGACCACAGCUCAUUUUCCAGAGAAUCUCCAAUUGAGCUGUUCCGAAUUAACUCUAGGCACAAAUUUGUGUAUGUCUUAUUAGACAGUAAACAUUUUAUGUCAAUGAACAUUAUCUUCAUUGUUAUAAUGUAGUAUUUUGAAAGUUGAUUUUUAAAUUCAAAUAAAACUAAGAUUAACCAACAAAAACAUCUUCACAUAAGAGUUCUACAAUGUAACAGUUAAUUGUCUGGUUCAUACUUAUGUUACUGUGGAUCAUGUGUAUAAAGUGUACCUAGGUGUUGAUAACACUGUAUAUUUUGGUUUUCCAAAUAAUUUUCAAAUGCACCCCAAAAGAAUUUCUGCACCUGUCUGGAUUUACUAAAGUUAGUUUAAGUCAGGGAUUAAUCAAUCUUGACAAGUUAUAUUCUUUGGAAAUGUUGUUGGAAUGUUUAUGUGUUGUCUAAGUAAACCUUCUUCUUUAUGCCAUGCCACCAAUUAUGUCAAAAUAACAUCCAAUAUAAAUAUACCUCAAAUGACUUUCUUCAAGUGAUCUGAACAAAAUUAUAAGCAUCAGACCUGUUUGGCCUGCACCUAGCACUGUCAGACUUAUUUUUUUUUUUCUAAAACUGCAACUGUAUUUUUAAGCUAUAUGUACUUUGCAACAUGUUCUCAUAUAGAAUGUUUUAUAUGUAUCAUUAGACAUUAUCAUUUCAUCAUGAGAGAAUGGUUUUGAUAUCUCAGGAACCCAGAAUAUAGUAUUCCUUUUAGUUCUUGCAUAUCUUAGAGUUGCACUGUGUUCACAGCAAUUUCCUAUGAUUUAGAAAUGCACCAUGAAAUAUACAAAGUUUCAAUAAUUUGCAAGUAUUUAAUGACUUUGGGUGGUUGAUGCAAUAGCAGGAUAAGUAAGUACAACAGAUGUUGAUCAUAAUUUGUGAUGCAUAAGACUUUCUAACACGUAUAGCACAAGAGAAAUAUGAUGCUAGUUGAGUACAUAUCUCAGACUGAUUUCAUAACAUAUCAAGAAUGCAAUAAUUGUUUACUAAUGCUUACUUGAGUCUAUAUACCAUUAUCUUUAAAAGAGGAAUAAGUUUAUAUUAUGAACUGACAAAGGGCAUAUGAUGAAACUCAGGUAUACUUUGAUAAUGCUAUGUGCAUGGCCUCUGCAAAAACAGAUAUCUUACUAAAUAUAUUUUCAAGGAGUGUGCAUCAUUUACCCCUGAUAUUGACAUUUAUAAUAAUGUUUGCUAUUUGUUUGCUUUGAAGUUACAUUUUAAUAGUAACAAAAGAGCCAUAUUUUGAAAAAGGUAUGGCCAAAAGAUACAACAUCCAUGUAAUGACAAGUCGUGUGGCAAUAACUGAAAACCUGUAAAGGUAAUCUACCAAGGUGUGAUUGCAGUAAUAUUAUAUUGAUUAUUUGAAACAUCACAGUUGCUGACUCAUUUUAAAAUUUGAUUAUGUUUUGUAUGACUGAUGGUUUCUUCCAUUGUAAACAUGUGGCUUAUAUCUAAAUUAUAUUAAGAUAAUCUCAAAUGUCAUAUUUUUGCAAGUCUGGGUGGUGGGUUAUUAUUCAUUUAAUAUCAUAUGUCAGAUAUUAGGUGACUGAUGCUAUUAACAUUGCAAAAUGAUACACCUGAAACAGUAUGAGUUUUCAGCUACCAAAUGUUUCUGCUAUAUCACUCCACACAUGCUAUGUAAGUUAUUUGUUGUCUGUAUGCCAUGCUUAUUAACAAAAUAAGGUUAGAUUGUUAAUGAAUGAUAUGAGUAAUAUGAAGUAAUAAUGUUUUCUGAGCCAUUUAAACUUGAGAUGUUAGUAUAACAGCUAAAAAGCAAAUACUUAUGUCGGAUGUUAUUGUUUUUAUUUAUUGGGAUGCUAUUUCAUACAACUGACUUGCCUUUGUAGAUGUUUGUGAUAGUGUUGGGAAUUGGUUAAAAUCUCAUAAAUGAUGAUUGGUUCAUUACAACUGAUCAAUUAUCGAAAAUAAUUGGUUAGGGUCAUUUAUCAAAUUUUCCUGUAAUGUUUCUUAAUGCUCAAAAACAAAAUAAAGAUAAAAACAUGUAAUUCAUUAGGGUGUUUUCUUGCAAAUUGCACAAAAUGCAUUUUCAAAUUUCACAUCUUUAAACGAUGACUAGUAUGUUCGGAACAUAUAUUUUCUGGAGUCUUUAAGAUAAAUUCAGUCAUGACCUAGAACAAACUUGUAGUGCUUAUGAAAUGUAAAUUUAAUAACAGACAAAACCAACCUUGUGAAAAAUAUUGUAAAUGCAAACAAGUGUUCCAAAAUUGUUUGUGUUCGAUUAUGAGAAAACAUGAUCAAUUGCUUGGUCAUUUAGUCACUGCAACCAAUCUUCGAUUAUUUCAAUUAAUCGGACCACCACUAGUUAGUGACAAGUGCUACACACGAGACAGGUUCCACCCACCAUUACGUGAACACUAUUAUGAUAAGUGUGUGAUUGUUACAAUAGACUCUGCUUGCAGCAGAUUUUUUUUGUGAUUAUGGAAAGAGUUUUGUCACUUUUGUUUACAAAAUAAUUGAUAAAUUUCCACUUAGCAACAACAAAAGGAAUGGUGUGAGAGUUUCCAGUAGUAUACCAUAAAGGAAGACUGGCACAUAGCUGCAAAUGAUGUACAUGCAUUUAAAAUACUGGUACCACAUAUUUAGAAUUAAUUAUCAAUUACGUAUGUAACAUGGACACAAAAGAAAAAAAUUACUGUUAAUUUAGAAUUUCAUAAUGGUUUCUUGAUAUGAAUUAAACAUGAUAAUCACACAAACAAAAUUUGCUGCACUGUAGAAAAUGAACACCACAGUUUUUUAUAUAAUUUUGUAUUAAACAUACAUACUGGUAGUUAUGCUAAUUAAUACAUGUAUUUUAGAGUUUUAACUUUUGUUACAUGCUUGAUCAGUGAUAUUUUCACUGCUUUUAAACUUUAUUAUUCCCAACAUACAUUUUGUACAUAAUAGUCAUUUAUUUCAUAUUCUGUAUUUGUCCAGGUUUGGUUUAAUUCAACAGAGUGAACUGACAUUUUGCAUCAGUAUCAACAUUUCUUUUGCUAUCAUAGAAAUAUGUUUUUAUGACUCUUUUCCUAUUGAAAGGUACCAGAAGGUGAGGGAAGGUUUAUUUUAGUUUAAUAGUUAUCACAGUUGAUAAAUACUAACAUCAUUUUUCAUAGUGUUUCAUGUUCUAUGUCACAACCAUUAUGAGCCAUUUACAACAGUUACUUUGUACUUACAUUAGGAAUUUCAAGGCUGGUUUGUUCAUAUAAAUUAAUAACUGUUAAUUGCAAAUAGUGUCAAUGACAACUUCAGCAACAUUCUGGACCAUGCCAUAUAACAUUUAUCAAGCAGGUGUCAAGGUUUUGCUACUAACGGCAGUGGAAUGUGUCAUAGUCAUGUAAAUAAAUUGUGCUGAUCGUUAAUAAUUUCCAGAAUGCCUUUAAUUGUUUGGUAAAUAAAUCUGUAUGAAAAUCAUUUCGAUAAGUAGAUAAUUAUCAUUAGAAUUGUAUUGAGGGAUUGAUGUUUAUAACAAUUAUUAUUUAUGUCUUCACAUAAAAUUCCCCUAAACUACAUCUUGAGAGACAUUACAAUUCCUAUGUAUCAUUAAAUAGCUGUUGGUUACAACAUAAUUAAUUUCAACAUGGAUACGAGAACAGAACAAAGAAGGCUUCACCAUCAAAUUGCCCAUACAGUUGUCUCCUAUCAAAGUGCUGACUUGAUUCUAUUGUUCAUACUCAUGUCAUGUUUAUUUAGUUUAUUUGUAAUUGAUAAUAUUUCAUUUUUGGAAAAGGGAGAAUUGUAAAUAAUUACACAACAAGUUCUGUACAGUUAACUCAUGCGAUUUUUAAUCGUGAAUGAUUUGAUUGCCUUCAGCUUUGACACUAGUUUUCUUGCUUGUAUGGGCCAGAUGCAAGUGUAGUGUACAUCUGUUUGUCAGUCUGUCUGUCUGUGUGUUUUUGAAAGGGCUGGAUGUGAUGUAUACCUGUCUUGUAUUUCAUCAUCCAAUCAUAUGAGGCUAAGUAUAGAUAUUGGUUUCAUUAUUGUAUCACAUGAAUUGUAUGGGAAUAAACUAAAUCAUUGUGACAA